AUGAGUGUGGGUGAGCUCUUCAUUCACAUAGUACCAAGCUCUCACUUCAUUCGCUCACCUCGUGAUCGUCUUUGCUGCUCAUCACUCUAGUUCAGAUCGCGCGUUGGCCGACUCGCUGGCAUCCGAGCUUCGCACCGAACCGCUCUGUGACUUGUACGACCAUACUCUGCGAUCACAAUGCGACUUCCUCGUCAACACCAUCGAGGAGUCGCUCACCCUUGCCCAGGUCUCGAAUCGAUGCAAAUGUCACUCGACCAAUAUCGCCGCACCUCGAACACCACUGUCGACCGGUGGCGAUCUCCCCCGCCAACUCCACAUCGUUCACUCUCGUCGUCAACAUUGACCGAUCACUCGAGUGCAAUCACUCGCUGUCACAUAUCUUUCUUUGA